UCUCCGGUGGACGAGCGCCAGCCGGCCGGUUGCCACGGUGACGGCGUGGUGGGGGCGGAGGAGCGGCCACGGCCUGGGCCCGGACCCGAGCCUGAGCCUGGGCCCGGGGAGAGGCCUGGCAGCUGCGGGGACAGGGGCGGCUUCCGCAGCACCAUGAAGCUCAGCAAAAGGGACUCCCGAACCAAAACCCCCCCGGAGAGGAAGCGGACCAAGGUGUCUGAGCUGCCCACACCACCCAUCCCGGAAGUCCCCGAGCCCAUCAGCAACGUCCUGCAAGGAGAUGAAAUCGAGGCGCUGGCCAUUAAAGAGGAGGACUUGAAAAAGCUGCGCACUCCACGCCCUUGUGCAGGGGAGGAGAAAGCUCCUGUCGUUCGCCAAGUUCUCAUCCGGAAACCCCGGCCCCAAGAGGCUGGAAGGAAGACCCACUACUUAGUGGCUUAUCCUACUGCUUUGGAUGCCUCCACCAAGCCUCCCGAUUAUUCUGAGCCGGAAGCUUCCAGUUUGAGCAGCGGCAGCAGACAGAUCCAGCCCCACAGCAUUUUGGGAAGUCUCCAGGACUUCAAGAGAAUAGCACUGGCUAGAGGAAACACAAAGCUGGCAGAAAUGAUCUCUGAGCCCCCGUCACUGGACGGCCUAAUCCUGAUCCCGGAGAAGAUGAGCUCGAAAGGGGGGAAGAAGGCCGAGCUCCGGCCGCUCCCAACUCAGCACAGGGCUCUGCAGAACUGGCAGCGCAACAUGGCCCUGAGGAGGAAGCAGCAGGACACCCUGUGUAAGCGCUUGGGAAAACCGGCCAGUGAGCUGUUGCUGACCGUAUCGGAGGAUCACAGACGAGUCCAGGAAGAACGUGACUUGAUUGACCGCUGCCUUCCUGCGCUGCAUCCAGGAAAGGGCUACCGCGUGGGCAGCGAAUUCUGGAACCAGCCUGAGUAUAUUGGCGAUGAACUUACAGGCUUGGUGAUUACGCAGACUCAGAAGGAGCGGGGUUACCCAGAGCCGAUCACCCAUGUGGGGAAACCCCUGCGCAUCCAGGCAGAGGCAGGAUCGCAGAAUCUGCGUGAACCUUGGUUCCGCUACUCGUGGGAUAAGAGUCUCUUCUUGACCUACCGCCGCCAGGAGCUGCGACAAAUCCUAGCAGAGCUCGAUUUUCACCAGCCGGACAUCGAUGGCCUCGAAGUGAUUGGCAGAGGGCAACCUUUCUCAUCAGUUUCCACACAGUGCUUCUCAGAGGGUGAGAAAGACAAGGAAGACACUUAUGGAGAAGUGCGCUCAGACCCCGUGGAGCUCCACGAGGAUGUGACUUCUGUACCCGUGAUUGGACCUUCCUUAAGGUUCUGUGGAAAGCCGGCUCGCUGGGUCAGCGGCACCGGGGGCAAGGGUCAGAUUGGCAUUGCUUCCCGGAUCACCUUCGAGGCCCUGGCUGGCGAGAAAGUGACCUCUUCCCUGACGGUGAGUAACGAUGGCACUGCGGCUGUGUGGUACGACUGGCUGCGGCUGUCCCACCCCAACAGAUUCGAGAACCUCAGAGAGAGCGACCAGCAGCGGUUUUAUUUCAACACCAGGGCCGGGGUUAUUCUGCCCGGAGAAACCAAGGACUUCCUUUUCCUCUUCAAGUCUCCGAAUGCUGGCAUUUUCCAGGAGUCAUGGGAGUUUAGGACCCACCCCACUCUGUUGGGAGGAGCCGUGCUGCAGGUCACUCUCUGGGGGAUCGCUUUAUACCAGGACCUUAUGUUUGACGCUCGAGAAAUACUGGAGAACAGGCUGGCCACCCAGGAGGCGACCGUCAUUGUGCAAGAGAUGCUGAAUGAACUGCUGAGGGGCAUCCGGUCCCCUGAGCGAGCCCCGUCCCCAGUGGAUGCCUAUCUCACUGAGGAAGAUGUGUUCUGCUACAAGAACCCUCAGUUGCACUAUCAGUACCAAGUGGUGAGAGGCCUCCAUGAACUCUGGAACCAGUACAUGGCACCGCCGCCCAAGGAGGAGGAAGUGGUGGUGGAAGAGGAGCCCCCAGGUCAGGCAAGCUCUAAGGAAGAAGAGCUCUCCUUACGAAAGAGCUCAUUCGGAGAAAUCGUCCCCCAGAAGAGCCCGGAGGAAGAGAUCGGGCAGCGGCAGAGAAGCUCGGUGGACGUUGUCCGCCUGCAGAGGAGCUCCGUGGGCUUCUCUGACUGGCAGAGGAGCUCCAUGGGUGACGUCCACUGGCAGAGGAGCUCCAUGGGUGACGUCCACUGGCAGAGGAGCUCCUUGGGCGAGGCCCACUGGCAGAGAAACUCGGACAGUAUUGUCCACUGCCAAAGGAGUUCCUUCAUCGAGGAGGAGACCGUGGUGACUAAGACCUUCUCAGAGGGAGAGAUCCCUAAAAGCACAGGAGAGGAAGAGGAGCCGACCCAUCUUGAGUGGAAUCUGUGCUUUGAGGAUUUCAAGCAGGCGAUAAUGGGACUGUCGGCCGAGGAUCAGCGCGAGGAUGCCCUGAGGAGGCUCAACGAGGGAGCACUAGAGCUGUGCUUGGAGCAGAAGCCGGCACAGUCGGACCUCCUGCACCAGAUGUGUCUCCAGCUUUGGCGGGAGGUGAUAGACGAUCUGGUGAGCCAGGCCCUCUGGCUGAGGUCACUGCUGGGCAUGCCGGAGGACACUUUCAAGGCAGAGUUGGCAGUGCCAGAGGAACCAGAUCCUAGUACAGUUUUCGGCACCCAGUCGCCCCUCAUUGACUCAAAGGCAGCAGGCAAAAGUGGCAAAGAGGAGCGGAAAGCCGGGGCUCAGGAGAAGAGAACCCCCACUGGCAAGGACAAAGAGGACAGAAGGGGAGCAGCGAAACCAGGGAAAGAGGAGCGGGCAAACAGCAAGAAGCUUAAAGCAAAGGAAGAAAAAAGGUCUAACAGAUCCCCAAGCCGGGAUUUAAAGGAGAAGUUGCCUGUGGAGGAAAGGGUCACAACGGAGCACGCGAGCUCCCACCUGGAGCCGGUGGACCCUCUGGUACAAAAGAAAUACCAACAGAGGCUUUACGUGGAGGUCUACGGGCUGGUGGAGUCCCUGGUGAAUGACAUGGUGCUCCUGGCUGAAGAGCUCAGGGGGAAAGGGGCCCGGCAGCAGGAGCUGCUGCCGCCCUCUCUCUGCCUGCCCGUCUGCCUGCCCUCUGACUCUGAGUAGACAAUUUUAAAGAAAUAAACUUGAGGCUUCUACUGUGC